CGGCACGGCUCGGCGCGGCUCGGCACGCCAAAGCCGCCCGCCCGACGGCUGCCUCCCAGGAGGAGGCGGCGACGCGGAGCCGAGUGACCCGGAGGGAGCGAUAUAGUAUUCUAGGUUUGCUACUUGGAAAAGAAAAGCCAUGGCUUCCAACACAUCAAACCCUGCAAACCAUUUGCCAUACUUCUUUGGUAAUAUCACACGUGAAGAUGCCGAGGAGUAUCUGAUGCAGGGAGGAGCAAGUGAUGGACUAUAUUUGCUCCGCCAAAGCCGAAAUUACCUGGGGGGCUUUGCCUUAUCCUUGGCCCAUGGAAGGAAGGUUCACCACUAUACAAUUGAGAGGGAGCUGAGUGGCUCAUAUGCUAUCACAGGAGGCAAGUCGCACGCCAGUCCUGCUGAACUCAUUAACUAUCACUCAGAGGAGGCGGAUGGCCUCAUCUGUCUACUGAGAAAACCUUUCAAUCGGCCACCAGGUGUCGAACCCAAAACAGGACCCUUUGAAGAUUUGAAAGAGAACCUCAUCAGAGAGUAUGUCAAGCAAACAUGGAAUUUGCAGGGGCAUGCUCUUGAACAAGCCAUCAUUAGUCAGAAGCCUCAGCUGGAGAAGCUGAUUGCCACUACAGCCCAUGAGAAGAUGCCAUGGUUCCAUGGGAGGAUCUCUCGGGAGGAGUCAGAACACCGUAUCCUCAUUGGGUCAAGAAACAAUGGAAAAUUUCUCAUCCGAGAAAGGGACAGCAGUGGUUCCUAUGCCCUGUGCCUACUGAAUGAUGGAAAAGUACUGCACUAUCGUAUUGACAGAGAUAAGACCGGAAAGCUCUCUAUACCGGAUGGAAAAAGAUUUGACACCCUGUGGCAGUUAGUUGAGCAUUAUUCAUACAAACCAGAUGGAUUAUUAAGGGUUCUUACCAUUCCUUGUCCACAACAUGGCUCAGAAAAUGAUAAUCUUGGUUUUAAUACUCAUCCUUCUUCUGGAACACUUCCUAAGAGUUGGGCAGGAGGUGGAAUUAUCUCAAGACUCAAAUCGUACACCUUUCCAAAGGCUGGCAGCAAAAAGCUUCAGUCAACUAUUAGCCACCCACAAGAAGAAGCACCUUUUAAUCCUUAUGUGCUGCAAAGGAACAGAGGUAUUACAGGAGCAGAAAGAGGUGAUCAGAGAGAAGCCUUACCCAUGGAUACUGAGGUCUAUGAAAGUCCAUAUGCUGAUCCAGAUGAAAUCAAACCAAAAAAUGUCACUCUUGACAGGAAAUUGUUAACUUUGGAGGAGGGUGAACUUGGCUCUGGCAACUUUGGUACUGUAAAGAAAGGGUUCUAUAGGAUGAAAAAGGGUGCCAAGCCCGUGGCUGUAAAAAUUCUGAAGAACGAGAGUAAUGAUCCAGCCAUAAAAGAUGAAUUACUGAGAGAAGCAAAUGUAAUGCAGCAACUGGAUAACCCAUAUAUUGUCCGAAUGAUAGGGAUAUGUGAAGCUGAGGCCUGGAUGUUAGUAAUGGAGAUGGCUGAACUUGGGCCAUUGAACAAAUUUUUGCAAAAAAAUAGACAUGUCACAGAGAAGAAUAUAACAGAGCUGGUACAUCAGGUUUCCAUGGGGAUGAAAUACCUGGAGGAGAAUAAUUUUGUUCAUAGGGAUCUGGCUGCAAGAAAUGUGCUAUUAGUCACCCAACAUUAUGCCAAAAUUAGUGACUUUGGACUUUCUAAAGCUCUUAGUGCUGAUGAAAAUUAUUACAAGGCACAAAGUCAUGGAAAAUGGCCAGUCAAAUGGUAUGCUCCAGAAUGCAUGAAUUUCUACAAAUUUUCUAGCAAAAGUGAUGUCUGGAGCUUUGGGGUUUUAAUGUGGGAAGCUUUCUCUUAUGGACAAAAGCCAUAUAAGGGAAUGAAAGGUGGUGAAGUUGCACAGAUGAUUGAAAGAGGAGAACGAAUGGAACGUCCUGAAGUCUGUCCAACAGAAGUCUAUAGUCUAAUGAAGUUGUGCUGGACAUACAAUGUUGACGACCGACCAGGAUUUGUUGCAGUCGAGAUGAGGUUACGUAACUACUAUUAUGACAUCUCCCACUAACAGCAUGGAGAACAGCAGCUUCCUCAUCUCCAGCCAGCACCCUCUGAGAAGCAGCUCAUUUUCCAAAACCAAGCAAUCUUGAUUUUUGUACUUCCAUUUUCAACCUGCAAAGUUCAAAGCUGAGCCUUGUGUCUAUAAGGUUGCCUUUUCACACUUUCUGCACAAAAUCCAGCCCCAAAAGAGUAUUGGAAGUGUAACAGUCUCAAAGUGAGCAGCAAGGAUGCUAGAGCAGAUGCUUAUACUUUCGCUACAUUCCAUUUCAUUUUAUUUUCAGCUUUACUAGCAUUACAUUUUGCAGUUCCUGUAAAACCUACUUAAUGACUUUGAGCCCUCUUCCUCUCCUGUAUUGGAAUGCACAUAGGAAUUUAGAUUCUUCUCUUUAAUAUUCUUAGCCUUUAAAUCUAUUGAGUUGUUCCAGCCUUCUCUUUCCUCAAGGAAGAAUAGUGUAAAAAUUUCUCACUAUGAAGCAAAUUCACUGUGCAAGUGUGUCAGUUGCUUUGACUGAUGGUGUGUUUGAUUUUAUCACCAAGCCCCUUUAAACCAAAUCACAUUCUUCUUAGUAGUAAAGUAGGCAGGGGGGAAUCAGGAGUUUUGACUUCCUAACAUCAUCACAUCCUUUAAAUAUGACCAUCUUUUGUUCCUCAUCUCAUGUGUGGAGCCCAGCUGUUCCUCAGGGAGUUACUUUUUUCCCUCAGUGAAAACUGGGAACUCAGAGGCUUGAUCUUGUCUUGGAAGAAAACAUAUCAGCACCUAAGAUGAUUCUGUAUUUUAGCAUAAACUCCAAUAGUGCAUUCCUGAAAAUACAACUUUGAUGGAGCACCGCUUACCUUUCUCUGUGCUUUUUCAUCCUUCUCCAGACAUACCUUUCCUAUGUAUCUAUUAGGACAUACCAUAGCUCCUUGUGUUGUGUUUUGAGCAGCAAUCAUUUCUAUCUUUUCUUCAAACCUUUCUUAAAAAGCAUCUGUGAGAGUUUCACCACACCUUAUCACCUCUAAAGUUAAAUUUCACUUGUAGUUCAAAUAUUUUAUAAUGGGCAUAUGCAUGACAACAUUACUUUUGUCUGCUCCAAAAUCUUAGUAUUUAUCCUGUUAUCAAUCCCUGUGGGCAUCUCAGGAAAAGGCAUUUGCUUUAUCACUCUUCUGUAAUGUAGUGUGCAUCUGCAUUAAAUUGGAAGUAUAGUAAUAGCAAUAACAAAUAAUAUAAUCAGCUUCUGAUUCUGUUUUUACCCUUAGGCUUUGCUUGUUCAAUGUCAUUUUAAAUAUUAUCAAUAUCAAUAUUUCUAUCACCUACUACUCACAAGAAGCUACUUCAUUGUCAUUUGCGUAUAUCUCAGGAAUCUACAUACAUUUUGUCUGCUAGAUAUAGAGAUUUUAGAAGAAUAUAAAGAAUAAGAUUUAGAGUUAGAUAUAUUUAUUGCAUAUGGCUGGUUAGAGUAUACGUGUUUAAUUUUUGUGUGAGCAGGGUAUUCUUAGAGAUGUAGUGGUAUUUUUUUCUCUAGCAAUGAAAAUGUGUGAGCAAUUAAACUGAGAAAGUGUGAAAUAAUUUUCAUAAAAGACAGGACUAUAAACAAAUGUAGAAGCUACUGGGCUUUUUGUCUUUUUACUAAGUUUAUGGUCUAUUUGUUAAAUAAUACCUGGUGACUUUCGGUAGUUUAGUCUUGGCCAUCCACUGCAAGACACCACAGGCUACUGAAAGAUACUGAGUGCAAUAGACCGUGUUUCAAAUGUGACCAAACAUGUCUUACCUUGGAGAUGAUUUAUUUUUUGUCUUGUUUUUAAGAAACACUUUUCUACAAGACCAGCUUGUGUAGAAGUUAGCCAUAGUUAUAUGUAGGUGUUUUGUCACUUUAGCUAUGUUGCAGAGAAUUUGUUAUCUCUACAUGUGCAAUUAGUACAUUUAUGGGGAUAUUAGUUAUAAACAAAUUGCACAAAUCUCUAUGAACCAGCGAGUGACAGUACUCAAUUUCCCAGAAUGAGAGAUACAAUACUCUGUAUCUCUCAUGCUUUUUAAAAGUGAUGUCUGAUACAACAAACCUGGAGGAUUAUGUCUCCUUCUCUCUUCUGAGUGAAUGUCAACAUCACUUUCUGGAGUUACUUGAUUAUUUUUAACUUCACUAUUACAUAAUAAAAGUUUACAAUGAGAAUAUAAAGUAUUGUGAAAUAAAUGGAUUAGGUUUUAACAUUUUAAUUAAAGAUACUUUUACAAAAUAUGCUGUCUUAACAAGAAUCCUUUCAUAAUUACAUGCUUUGUAAAAAAUCCUGAUGCUGUGCAGAGUGUGUAUAUGUACUGAGUUACUGUGACUUUUCUGGAAGACUGAGUCUUUCCUGUUGACAGUAAAAGGUACCCAACAGGACAGACAAGCCCAAUGAAGCCUGAGCUGCUUUUGGAGCAAUUCGGGAAUAGCAGGAAGUUCCCAAAAUAUGCGUGUUGUUACUGCAUCUAAGUCUUCAAAGUGCUUUACAACAAUACUGUUGUUAAUUAUGGUUAAUUAUAUUAUUGUUAGUUAACAAUACUGGAAGAUUAGAGGUGCCCGGAGUCAGUGUAGUGUAUCAGCUAGCUAAGAAUUUCUGCCUUACAGAUGUCAGCUAUGCAGGAUUUAAGUCACGUUAUAUGACAUGGAGCCUCCCUCAUAGAUACAGACAGCUGUUCUAGGUAUUCUAAAAUAAAAACAGCAGUAUCUUAUUCUCAUUUAGCUUUUUUUGCAUACUCAAGUUCUCAGGAAAGCUAAGGCUAGAUCAGUGUGAAUGUGAAUUUGAAUAAUAAACAAGAAAGGCAGAAAGAUAGGCAUCUCUUUCAAGCAGGUGCUUGCCUUUGAGGGAUCAGUCAGUGACUGACUGACUCUGUUCUGCUGUGAUUGUUUUCCUGCGUAGCAAAUCUGGCCUAAUUGUUGCACCUUCCCACUUGUGGGACUGCAUGAACCGAUAUGAAGGGACUUUUUGUCUUUUGGCUGUUUGGACCUGGUUGUCUAUUUUUAGAUUGACUUGUCUCAGAAAUGUUACUUGGUGGUGUAGGCCCACAAGUAAUUGUCAUGACAGAGUUAAGGAGUAGAAAACUGCAGCAUGUAGUUAGGGAGGCUGGUGGAGAAGAAGGACCAGGUAAGCAGAAGGACAUGCUAAGCGGGCUUUUCACUGGAGGAAAACAGUCUGAUUACUCCUUUGGUUAGGACUCAAAUUUACUGAGUUUUUUACUGAUCACUGAGUUUUUUGAAGCAUGAGAAGCCAUGUGCCUUUUCCCAUAAAGACACACCCAGACAUCUUAAGAGCCCUGUCCAGCCUGUCCUUGCUUCUGACUCUGUGCAAAAAGGGGAUCUUUAAUCAGACAGUGAGAAAUAUCCAUAAUUUUCACCCCUGAAGUCAUCACAGUCAGCACUACCAGUUUGCUGAAGAACCCAUCUGCAAGUGGUCUGCACGGCUGGGUUGUGCACCAAGGCAUCAGUGUGUCCUCGCCCCAGCCCUGCCAGGAGGUGGCAAUGCCUGAACACGGUUGGAGUGAAGCACUUGUCUGGCCAUUUCUGGCACUCUCCACUCUGCCCCGGCUGUUGUUGUGCCUGUGUGUUAUGGAGGACACAGUCCCUUUGCUCCUUGCUGUGAAGCAGUGUUGCAUGUGAGGACAAAUCAUCAUUUAUUUAUAUUGUGAAUGGUCAGCUGUGGAUGAUGAACAAAGGCUUCUGAGACUCGGUGUCUAUGCAACCGCAGCAGUGAGAGAUUGCACACAGAAAGAUACAGACCACGCCCCACACAUGCCUAGAAGGGAGUGAGGGUGCCAUAUGGAUUGAAUAAUACAGGGAAACAUUAAGCAAGCUAUUUUAAUUACCAGUCCUGAGUUUAGUGAGGACAGAAGGACUGAAAGUCAUGCAGAAGAAGAAGAAAAAAAUGGAUUCCUGUUAAAAAACAGUCAGAGAGAUGUAACAUAAAUCCUGAGAACAGCAAUUGUCCAAUCACUCAGAGUUCCCUGAAGUCAGACUAGAGAUGUGCAUCUGUCUCCAAAUAGGUAUCUUUUUCUUUUCUGUCACAUAUGUGAUAAUAGAGACGAAGGCUCACUGGGUUCCUUGGCACAUAACUCUGCAUGUAGUAUAACCACUGCUUCCCUGAAGCAGUAGAGGUGUGCACAUUUCUUGAUAACAAGAGAAGAGAGGAAACAAGAGGCAGCUGGGGAAAGCAUUACACUACUGUCAAUUAAAAUUCAUGACUUCAAAUGUAAAUAGCCCCUGGAUGACCAGUCCAGUGUAAAUGUGCAGAGAUCAUUAACUCCCCUUGUCUGUCGACCAUUGCAAAUGCCUUAAAAUGUCAGGUUAAGAAACUGUUAGGUCCAUGUCUUGCUUAAUUGUGUCAAAGUACUUGUGGAGGAAUGCCGCUGCCAUGCCCCUGCAGCUACACUGCCUGCCUAGCGAGCUCCAUGUGUCAGAGAUCAGCUGAGUGCUGGGCUCCCUGUGCCUCUGCCAUGUUAGAAAUGCAACACAUUUCUGCAACGACAGAAAAAAAUAGAAAAGAUUUUGCAAAGAACAGUUCAAUUACACUGUCUUGUUACAUUGCCACCUGCCAGUGGCUGCAGUGACAUCAACAUCUGUUCUUUCUCCUUCCUGCUUUAAUAAAGAGUAAUUGUGCCGGUUUCAGCAACAGCAAGAGUGCCGAGACUGUAAUUGCAUGACCAAGCAGCAAAACAGGUAGCAGAGAACUUUAAUAGCUGUCUCUUGAACAGCUUGAAGAUUUUCCUUUAAAAACAUUACACACUUAAGCACACAUGCACAUGUAUUUUGUGUAAUUCUUUCGUACUUGAGUUCAAUAAUGACUUGUCCUCACUUUUUACCAUACAGCCAUUGUAGCUGUAUCUUCAUGUCUUGUUCUAAUUUAUGUGCAGAUUUCACCAGUGUUACCGAACGGUUUCUCUCUGACUGGUGUAUCAGGUUCCACCUGCAGUAAUCUGAGGCUGAGACUAGCUGGCAAGAAUUAAUAAUGUUGGUUUUCAGUGAUAGUUCUAGAAGAUAACAAGAAAACUGCAUGGAUACAUCAAGAAAUGCUUGAGAGAUACAAGCUCACUGAGCUUGUCAAAGAGCAGCACUUUGGGGCAUUUUUUUCUACUUGAGCAGUUGUAAAUUGACUGUUUGGCUUGGUUUGAUGUUUCUUUUCCCAAAAGAUACGUAUCUAGAGUCAAUGUUUCCUUAUUUUUCCCUAGUAUUGACACACCUUUAUACCCAGAGUUGGGUAUAAAAACCUAGAUUAUCGAUGUCAUUUUGUUUUAGCAAGAUUUCCUCUGUUGCCAGUAAAGCCCCCAAACUGGGCUGUUUCUGUGCAUACAGCUACAUUUCUGUUCUAGCAGCUUGCCCAAGCCUCAUUCUGACCACUGUGCAAAAACUUGCUUACAGAGGAGCACCAGCAGACAACCCUCUCCCAAAGCCCUCAUGCUCCCUCUGGUAAUCAGAGGACAAUUCAGAGAAGCAAUGCACAAUAAAGUUCAGCCACCACCAUGAGGAAGGUUCCCAACCUCCUCCUCCCAGCGUGUCUGGUUUUCUAGACAAUAUAGACUCUUUAAGACAGCAAAUAUACAAUGGUACAGAUAUUUAUUAUCAGAUUACACUGGUGUAACAGGACGCCUACACACACACCUUGCACUCAGGAGCCACCUCAUUUUUUGCAGAUGUCUAAUGCACUAGAGCAAAAAUACUUUUUUUCUCUUUUUUUUCUUUUGUAAAUGUGUUGUUGAAUCUCUCACUGAUACAUGCAUGUCUUUGGCUAUUUUAAAAUUUUAUAUUCACUGGUAUUACUGCUUCCCCAAGGGCAGGCAGCAAUGAGGUACUAUUUUUAAACUCUUCAGUCAGCCAUGACUUCCUUUUUGUCUAUCCACUCUGUAGCUGCCAUAGGGAGUGAGCAUGGCAUUCCUCAUCUUCUUGUGGUUUCUACUUAUAAGGAAUAAGCAAAAAAAGUAGUGAUUCUUGUUAGUGCUGGAGUACUACACAAGUUAGAUUACAGGAAAGAGCACAGACUGAAUCACGUCUCAGAAAUUCACCCUCCAGUGUCACAUUGUACCCAAGUUAAUGCAAACCAGAACUCCUGCUAUACAAGGACAAGUACAAAGCUCACAGUUUGUUCCCAAAACUCCCACAGCUUUUUUCAUGCCAGCUAUAUAAAACAACAACAAAAAAAACCCAAAACAACAAAACAAAAAAAACCUAACCAAACAUCAAAACCCAACAAGAUUUAAUAAUAUGACACAUUCUUGUGUUUGUUUGCAGAACUCUAUGUGAGCAAUUUUAUGAGUCAUUUAAUUAUAAGGAAGCCAAGGCCUGAACAAAGAAAUACACUCAAUGUUUGCUUGGGUUGAGGACAGUCUCUGUCUUUCUUUCCCCCAAAAUGAAAAGGUCCUAGUGUGUUUGAAAUGCAGCUAGAAAGAAUGAAGACAUCAGAUGCCACACCAAAACUGGAGUCUGAGACAGUUGUGAGACUGGUGGUACCUACAUCUUUUGCUUGAAAACUGCCUUAUUUGGUGGUAGUAUGCUGCCAGGCCCAUGAAGCCAGCAUGGCUUCACUGCUUGGCCCCAAGCAUCAGCAGGAAUCUGCUGAUUACGACACAUUAACAAGCAUUUGUGGAAUAAAACCCCAAAUACCGCACCCUCUUCACCUAACAUAAACAUCAUACCCUGAAAAUGUCAUCCAAACUGGGACAUCUACUUGAAAGGGAAGGAGCAUUUAUCACUCUAACCAGUAAAUGCAGCCAGUCCUUGCUCCUUCUUACCCAAGGAGCUGACCUGCUGCCAGCAUGCUUGUGUCCUGGCUAGGAGAUGUUAUUGCAUACUUUUUGGAGGUCACCAGGAAAUGACUAACUUCAAAAGGCAGGGUGGGAUUAGAAGGGAAAGGGGACAGACACUACACUCAUCACUUGCAAAAAAACCUAUGAAACACACUUUCACUCAUAAGCUAAGAAAUUUAAAGUAGUUGGAAACUGGGUCUGGAACAUUCAGGUCACCAAUACGGCUCAACUUGCAGCCUAGCAAGUAGUACCAUGUUUGUAGAGGCAAUGUGAUACAGCACAAUUUUUAAAAGGCCUUUCAUUUUGUAAAAACAAUGUCCAUGUAAGAUUAAAUUAAUGUGCCUUCUUUGGUUGAUUUAUUUAUUUUCCUUAAGCUGUGCUUAGCAACAUGCAACAGUGUAUAAAUAUACCUUACUUCAGAAAUAUUUUAUUCUCACCACUAAUUAACAGGCACGUACCUUCCAGUCUUGCUCUUGGUUGCAGCAAGCCCACAGCAGCAGGACAAACUUGGUCCAGAUCUACCCAUUUCAAGGAAGAAAACCUUGCCGAUCCUGCUGCAUGCUCACUGCUCCUAUGCCUCUCUAUGGCCUUCUGCAUGCCCUUUGGGUUGACCAUAACUUGUCAGCAAUUCCUCUGCCACAGAGAGAAACUCCUUUGACCCUUGGCAAGUUGUGUGAAGGGCACUGGACAGCAGCCAGCCCUAAGAGACUUCUGUGGGAAAAUGGUCCAGACAAUGGAGAAACAGCAAAGAACACCUGGUACCACCUUCUGCCUCUACUGAGGAACAGGAUCCCAGAUCCUGUUCCACUGAGGUGGCAACAGCCCUGGCACAGCCACGCAGCACAGCUGUUCUGCAGUACCACUACUUGCUGGUGAGCCAGGGGCAGAGACUGGGGAUGCCAGUGCAAACCUCAGAUGGAGGGUUGGUAGCAGUGCAGUUUCUGUCUUUUAGACAAGUGCUUAUCAGCCUAACUAAUUGUUUCCUCUUCCCUGAGCUGUCAGACGAGCUCUUUUGUGGCUCUCACAGCAGGAAUGCCAGUCUACCUGUCUGUGUAAAGAAAGCAAGGGAAGAAAUUAGGCUCUAUGUGUCAUCACAGGAAUGAUGAUGUGCAGAGCAAGUGUUCAUGCUGAUGGUGCGCAUUUUUUGUUAUAUUCUGGAAAGGUGUCUCUUUUCUGUGGCAGAGUGUGGGGUUUGAAACGAGCUUUACCCCCAUUUUAGUUCAGAUUGAAAAACACAUACCUAGCUUUAGAUGACCAAGUGAAGCUAAAGGACACAGAAAGAAGUCUUUUACAGUGAAUAGCCAAGUGCCCAUAAAUUUCAAGGUCUUUUUUUUUUUUUUUUUUAUUUGACCUGUAGCUCAAAACCACUUCAAAUGGGUUCUAUGAUGUUUAUUUGUUUCUGUUCCUCACAGUCUGCAUGUGACAAUGAAUAAACCAAAAGGUCACUUUCCUUAAAGCUCUCCAGGAAAUGUUCCCCAGUCAUAAACUCAACAAGGCCACAAAAAAAACCAGCUCAAACCAGCCAAGUUUCCAAAACUGGUGAGUUGACAGGGGCACACACCUGUAGAUCUGAGUGGCCUGAACAGGUGGUCUCAUCCAAACUCUCUCUGACCCAAAGGACAAAACCCCCUUCCAGAUGAAGAACUCUUGGGUGAAGUGAGUGAGCAAGAAGCUCAGCUCACCAGAAGUCACAGAAGUUUAACAAGAAAGAGAACUGUGUUAUUUGUAUCUUUGUGUGCGUGCACAUACACAUACACGCACACAGACACAGUCAUCUCUGGUCAGGGCUACUUACCAGCCAACAUGCCUUAUUAAGAAAAAGGCAAGUAACAAGACCUGGUUCUGAAAUUUCCUGCCUUCUCUAUAUUCCUAUUUCUCUAGCAAAUCUCUGUUUCUGUUGUCAUCUGCAAAUUUGAUGACAAGCAAUUUUUCCUAUAUUUUCGACUCUACAGUAAAAUAAUGAAAAGGCCUUGGGCCUUGAUGAAAUGCAUCAGAUUCCCCCCAUAAAGAGGGAAAGGAAAAGCAUCUCCUGUCAUCUGUCACUUUGCAGUCACAAAAUUCAUUUAACCUAGAGGAAAGGGUUUUAAAGACCUUAGAAUAAUGGCACAGAACUGACAGAUCACACAACAAAAUUUUUUUAAUACAUUCCAGAUGUAUUGCUUCAGCGAAUUUAAUACAAAGACUAAUCUGAAUUACUGUUCCUAUGGUUGUCACUCUUCAAUUCUCUCAGGGCUACAUGCCAAAAUUUUUCUGCUUUCAACUGCAUGGCUUUCAACAAAGUCAGGCCAAGGGAGUACACAAUUUGGUCUCAAGUAACUAGUUAAAGUAUUUGAAGCUGUUGCCAGACUUUUAUGAGCUCAGUUCAAAAUGACAUUUAGGGAGGUUUGAAGCAUCUUAGAUAAGAAAGAUGCUGAAGAAAUAGAGGAGGAUCAUCUGCAGAAAAAACGAAAAAAAAGGAAAAUCACUCUCCUACUGAAAUAAUAGAAAUUACAUCUAUAAACAGAAAUGCACACGUUAUUCUCCUAUUCCCAAAGUAAUUGUGCACCAUUAACAGAAAUUCUCAAAUUAUGAAAGGAUAUGCAAAGUUAUUUAAAUCCUAAACCUUCAGUUGUAGGGAAGUGAUUUAUUCUGUAUCAUUAAAAUGUUUAGCUGCAAAACAGAGAACAGAAUUGAACGUUCUGUUCAAAUACUUUUAUAAAUCCACAGUAAAGUUGGAAGACAGCUCCGAUACCAUCUUAAUGGAAUCAGUAUUAUUUACUUAAGGAAAAGCAGUAUUUUGAAAAGAUUAAAAAGGACCAAAAAAAAAAAAA